AUGGUGAGGAGAAGAGGUUGUUGCCUCCUCUCAAUAUCGAUCUCCCUAGCCUUCUUCUUCUUCGUUCUUUUGCAAGCUUGUGAAGCUCAGAGUUACUGCAACUCUUCUUCAUGGGGGAACAUUCUCAACAUCAGUUACCCAUUUCGCCUUUCAAGCGAUCCACCCAACUGCGGGGAACUUCGAUACGAGCUCUCCUGUGAUCAGAAUAAUCGCACCGUCCUGAACUUGUAUUCAGGGAAGUACUAUGUAGAGGAAAUCUCUUAUAAGAACCGAUCCAUGAGAGUGGUUGAUUCCGGUCUCCAGAUUCAAAAUUGCUCCUCGGUACCUCUUUAUUCCUUGACAAGUAUUGGUAACUUCACUUUGACAGACCCUUUCUUCUACCCUAGGUUUCCGCAGUUUGAAACAUAUAUAGUUUUCCUGAGUUGUGAAAACCCAAUAUUAAUCACACCUAAUUCUCCUCAAUUUGUGAAUACCUCUCCAUGCAUCAAUGGUUCUUCUUCUUCUUCUUCCGGUUCCCAAUAUUCUUACGUUUUUAUGGGAAAUUUAGCAUUUUCAGACAUACCGGAAUCCUGUACCGUCGACACAAUGGUUCCAAUUCGAUUGCAAAAAGCAGGUUAUCGCUCUUUCUCAGAGAUACACCAUGAAAUGGCCUUGGGGUUUGAACUCUCAUGGUAUCAGAUUGAUUGCGGAAACUGUAUUAAAAGAGGACUUCCUUGCUAUCCUAGCCAAGAUCCUUCCAUUGCCUACACAUCUGUAAGAAAGAAUGUAUUAUUUUGGGUUUUAUACAUUUAA